AGGGCAUCUCUGCUCGGCUAGCCCCGGACAUCGGUGUACCUACACGCCGCGGCGGUCGCUGACGGCGUUUUGCGCAGGAGGAUGAGCAGGACGGGCAGCGAUUGGACCCUCCCUCGCCGCCGUGGCUCGAGCUUUGAAAAAAAAGACGCGCCCGCGGCCGCGCCACAGGCACAGAUCGCCGAGAAGACCGCCCAGGGCUAUAGGUGGGCAUCGCGCGGGGUCCGCGCCGCCGCCGCAGGGGGCCUCGGCGAUGGCGACGCGGCGGCUGGCAGCCAGGGCCCUCGCCGGCGCGGCCGGCGCGGCCGUGGCGGCCCGGCCCCGGCGCGAGGCGGCGCGGCCCGGGGAGCCGCCGAGCGCGUGGGCGGCCCGCCGGGGCGCCGCGGGGGCCCUCGGCGGCGCCCCGCUGGGCUGCGAGGAGCCGCCGCGCGUGCACCGCGGCAGCCGCCAGCAGUUCGAGGCAAUCAAGCGGUUCCGCUCCAAGCUCGCAAAUGGGGAGACGUUGGUGGGCAUCGGGGUGCAGCUGUCGGAUCCCACGUCUACAGACGCUCUUGCGGACUGCUCGGAUUUUAUUUGGUACGACACCGAGCACAUUCCCCUCAGCCCAGAGAUGCUGAAAUGGCACAUGAUGGUCGCGCACGGCAAGGGCUGCCCUGCCAUCGUGCGGGUACCAGGCCCGAAUCGAGUGGACGGCGUGGGGCUGUUUUGGGGCGCGUUUAUCAAGCAUGCGCUGGAUAUGAACGCCGACGGCAUCGCCGUGCCGCAGGUCAGAACGGCGGCGGACGUGCGGAGCAUUGUUGCCGACUGCCGAUACCCAACUGGCGGCCAGCGGGCACCCCCCUAUGACAAGGCGCAACCGAGCACUGUGGAAGAUCCGAAUCGUCACAGCCGGGGCUUCGGGCCUACCACUCCGAUGAACUACGGCAGGAUCCCGCUGACGAAGUACCUGGAGGAGGCUGACAAGAACAUCUUCGUCUGCGUGAUGAUCGAGACCGUUGAGGCGAUCUCGAACAUCGAGGAGAUCUGCAGCGUGCCUGGGCUCGACUGCGUUAUCCUCGGCGCCAACGACAUGUCUGCUGCCCUCGGGGUGCCCUACCAGAACGAGGCGCCAGAGACGCUUGCCGCUGCAGACAAGGUCAUAGACGCGGCCAAGAGGCACGGGAAGUACGUUUUCUUCAGCACGCGCUACCCUGCCAUGGCCAAGAAGAUGGCGGCGAAGGGCUGCCAGAUUCUGCACGUGGGGCACGACGUGCUGGCGGCGGUGACCUAUCAGGAGAAGCUGGUGGAGGACAUCAAGGGCGGGCCGUACAUCCCUCGCUGAGCACUGUUCCACCACACCUCCAAACCCGUUCGCGCAGUGAAGAUUGGAGGCUUAGGAAUGGGCACCACCACCAAAAAUAGUGUGUGUGUGUGUUUGUGCAGCAGGGGCGGAUGAUCCUAGAUUUUGAUGUCGGUGGUAAUCGUUGGGUCACCUAGGAAGCCCGAAUCUUACCACCAUCACAGAGAUCGGGAUCAUCGUCCCUCGGUGGAGGCAUACUGCUGAUAUUGGUGUUGGUGACGACCUCGAGGCCUCCUAGAAGAAGAACGGUUGCACUGUGACGAAUUGAAUCGUUAGUCUUUUUUGCACACGUCUGCCUCUGGCGCCGUUAGUUUCUAUGAAGAGUUUUGCCAGGAUGCUUCUGGCUAGCCGCGCCCAGUGCUUCUGUACAGUACUCCAUCUGCGCGGCCAGCCACGAUUUUCUGUGCCUUCGUUGUCGGAACUUGCAUGCCAGGGCAGUGCGCGCUGCGUGCAAAUUUUCGAGCCCGAGCACCCCCAUCAAGACAUGUCCAGCUCUGCCUCCUGCGAAAGCUUCCCCCUUGGGACCCGUCGCCGCCACAUACGGGAUGUGCCAU